AUGAGUAUGGGAAAGAACAUCGACGCUUUCGAUCAACUUACGAAUCGAAUCGGACGUUCGCGGACCGACGUCGCCAUUGUGCCAAAGUUCUUUUCGGGAUCGGACCAUCGCUUUUUCGUUUUCGCUACGCUAGCCGGCCAUGAGGAAGAUUCCGCAAUGGACAACAUCGGUGAGGAAUACGAUCGGCUCGCUAAACAUCUUCAUGACUGCACGAGGAAGGCUCAAAGUUCUGAAACCACCAUGAAACGCCAGUCUCCGGAAACUCUAGAGCAGAUACGCCAAUGUGAAGCUGCACAAGCCGCAGGCAACCGAAAACUCACGUCCGAGCCCGCAAGGCAUUGCAGAGAGGCGAUGAAAGAAGACCUCAAAGAAAGAAGAGUAGAGAUAUUGGCUGAAACUGCAGAGGCGAGAAAGAGCAUUUGCUACGCCCGUCUAGAUUUCGCGAAAUCGCAAAGCGAAGAUGACCGCUCUCGGGAACCCAAACGGGAACAUUCAUUGUAUUGA